GUAUAUUACUACUGCGCUCUCAAAAACCUUCCCAUUCGGUCUCUAUCUCAAGAAUCCGCCGACGUCUCUACCUCCUUCCUUCCGCCAUUUUUGCUUGUCUCCCUUCUUCAGUUGAUUGCUCAACUAUCUGUCGAUAUUCUUUUCAUGAUGGCAUUGCUGAAUGAUCCGCUUGGUAUAUCGGCACCGGAAGCCAUGGGGUUUGACAAAGAGCAGAGUAAGGUUUCCGGAAGGCUUCCCCAAGUUGGUGCGAUCUUUAUGUGUAAUCGUGCUACAAUGAGAGAAUGUUUUCGACGCAAACUCUUUGGCCUUCCAUCAGGGAAAGCCGAUUUCGUAGGGCAUGUCAAGGCUGGCAUGAUUUUGUUUCUAUUUGAGUAUGAGAGGAGAGAGCUGCAUGGCGUGUUUCGGGCGUGCUCUGAUGGGGCCAUGGAUAUUGUACCACAUGCGUAUAGUGAUUCUGGGAUGCAGUUCUGUGCACAGGUAAGGUUCACUACUAUUUUGAGGUGCAAUCCACUUUCAGAGGAUGAAUUUUCUGGAGCAAUCAGUGAAAAUUACUUCUCCCCAAAUAAGUUCAACUUUGGAUUGAGUGAAAGACAGGUAGAAAAACUUCUUCAACUCUUCAGCUCAAGGAAGUUACAGCGGCAACUCCAUCAUAGAAAAUCUCCACAAAACAAAGUUAGAAGAUCUUCCACUCCAAAUUAUGUGAGUUCACCCCCUGAAGGAGAAAUUGAUGAUGGCUACAGCAACCUUGGCGGAGAAAGAUACGAGCAAAAUGUUAUUCCUGGUUCUAGGUCAGUCCGCUCCCCCGAAUAUUCAGAAAACACAACCAAUUUUAUUAGAAGAGCAAUGGAUGAGUAUGCAAGCAUUACUAUAGGAAAUGAUGGUAGAUUGAACGGUGGUUCUUAUGUGCCGGUUACCCCUAUAGAAGACGUAGGGGACGUGAUUGUCAGCAAUAAUGUAGCAGUAGAAAGACCAGUUCAUCAGGAAAACUGGCAGUCAACUGUAGGGGAUUUCAGAAAUGAAAUUAAUGCAAAUUUUGUCCAUAGCCUGGAUGGUGGAAGCCGGUUUUCUAAACCCAUUCUAGCUACAGAUAGAAGAAGAGGUUCCAGAACUACUGAUUAUGACCCACCCGUCUCGAGUGAGCAGCGACCUGGUGUUUUCCAGUAUCCUAAUCCACCUAUGCAUGGCAGCAACUCAAUAUACAAACCAAAUUUCUUCGUUGAUAACGACGUCCAACGUACUUCUACAGAUAGAAGAUUAGGUUCCAGAGAUCCUAGUUAUGACUCACCUAUCUCAAUUAGGCAGCAACCUGGUGUGUCUCAGUAUCCCAAUCCACCUGUGUAUGACCUCCACCAUAUGUCUACGGUUAGAAGAACAGGUUCCAUGGCUCCUGGUUAUGACCCACAUCUCUCAAGCGAGCAGCAACCUGGUGUGUCUCAGUAUCCUAAUCCACCUGUGUAUGACCUCCAACAUAUUUCUACGGGUAGAAGAAUAGGUUCCAUGGAUCCUGGUUAUGACCCACCUGUGUCAAGCGAGCAGCAACCUAGUGUGUCUCAGUAUCCUGAUCCACCUGUGUAUGGCAGGAAUUCCAUUUUUGAAGCAAAUUCAUUGGUUGGUGAUGAUCUCCAACGUACUUCUAUCAUGCAUCGCUCACCAGCGGAACAAAGUUACUCACCCUUACAGCCCUAUCCAGCUUUAUCAGUUCUGGAGACAUUGCCAAAACCGUCAUUGAUCUUUAAUGGUCGUCAACCAGCAACAUCUGGUAGACCAGGAACUGGUAAUAUUCGUACACAACCUUACAACCCAGAGGCUCCCAGUUAUAAUGACACUGACCACUUAUCACCGCUAAUACGAGUCUCUAGUUCAUUUCCUGAUGAAUCCCUUCCAUCGCUCAAUGGUGCCGCCUAUCGUCCAGCUAGGCAUCUCAGAGAUGACAGCAGUUUGCCCCCGCGGUAUGAUCAUUCUAAUUUGUCCGGUGACAAUGAUGAAGCAUCAUACACGUCUAACAUGCUUUCCCAUUGUAGUUUGUCAAAUGAGUUCUUCUUUCCAAGGCCAUCCCUUCCUCGGCAACCUCUGCCAUCUAAAAAUCAAAGUGGUUGUACUGCAUUUGAGGAGCAUUCCUUAUUGCCUCCUCCUGUCAUCAAUACUCCUUCAGUUUCAGGCCGUAGGCACGUGGUGACUACUUCACGGGAAGGCAAUAUUCCACAAUCUGGAAGUGCUCAUGAGGAAGUUCCCUGCAGUCACAAUAGCAUUCCUAAUUCGAAGAGAACUCAUGACAGUAGAAGAUCAGAUUAUGGUGCUUAUUCUCCAGCUAAUCUGUAUGGUGGUCAGGAUGCUGAUAGGAUGUAUUCAGAUCAACAAAAUCGUAACAAGCGUUCUGUGUUUGACCGCAUGGUUUUCCCUACUACACAAGAAACGGAGCGAGAUAGUACUACCAACUUUGUUGGAAAGGAUGAUGACGAUAAAGAUGACUUUUCAGUAAGUAAAAUCAUGGCUUCGUUGAAGCAGAGUAGAUAUCGGUGGUUGAACGAUAACAAACCAUCCAAGUUUCUGAAUGGGCGACGCGAUGCUGGUGCUCAUUAUCAAGUAGGAAAUAAUAAAAGGAAAAUAUUCCCUCCAGAAACCAAGCAUGAUGACCACUUGGAAAUAAGCGUAGUGCCAGUGGAGGAUGAUGAUGAUGCUCUCAUGAAGAAUGGAGAAAGUUCUCCUUUUGUGGAUUUCAAACGCCGUAGUAGUAAACUGUGUAAAGCUCAUCAGGUUGAAGCUGCAAAAACUACUGGCAAUGAUAAUGUCGUGAGUACUGAAAACCCGCCGCCCAAGAGGAGGAAGUUGAUAAGGCCUAAAUUUGGUGAAGAGACAUAG